CAGUCCGGCGCGCACAGGUGGAGAGGAGGCAGGAGGCCCGCUCCCGCCGCCGAGAGAAGAGAGGAGAAGAGACUCGCGAGUGACGCCGCGACGCCGCGACCGGCCGGUUGUGUUGGAGACGGACUGUCGUUCUGAGACGAUCCUCGACGGCUCCGGCCAAACUACCGUCGAGGCUGGCCUCGGGGAGGGACGAGUACACCGUCAGCGACUCGAGCCGCAGGGUGCUUCAGAGCGGGUCGCGCGGACUCCCGCGCCCGCGUCGUGUCGUCCACGUCGUGAGCGACGACAGAGACAGCGCGCAGGGCGCGGCCGCGGGGCGGCGGCGUGCGAGGUCUGCGAUGCACUUCAUCAGGGAGAAGUGAAGUGAUUCAUCGCAGCUCGAGCUCGACCAAGGUGCGGCCGGGUGCGGCGAGGAGGCGCCUGCUCCUCCCGCGCGGGACCAUAGAGGUGUGCCCGCCCGCCGCGGGGAAGUGUUCACGAGGAGCUGACGCAGGAGCUCAUCGCCGCGCUCCACGGCGCUCAGCAGCAGCAGCAGCAUGGCGUGCCGCGGGGGCCCUCCUCCCUGGCGCGCGCUGAACUCCGCCGUGCUCGUCGUGCUGCUGGCCUCCGCGUGUAGCGCAGGCAUGUGCCCGCCGCCGACCUUCAAGACGCUGGACGUGCAGUGCCGCUGGGUGCUGGGCCGGCCCGUGCCCUGCGACGCGCCCGUCUCGCCCGGCACCACGGCGCUCUUCAGCUGCAAGCCCCAGUACCGCCUGCCGCAGUCGGUGCGCGACAGGCGGCCCGGCGCCGCCGCUGCCGCCCAGCACCCGGAGCAGGGCGACUACGGCCUCGAGUCCGCCGUGUGCCAGGAGGACGGCUCCUGGGCGCCGCUGCCCUUCACUUGCGUGCCAGAGUGUGGGCGGGUCGUCGGCAACGGUGAGACCCUGGUGGUGGACGGCAAGCCCGUCAACUCGCCGCUGGAGUUCCCGUGGCACGUCGCCAUCUACGACCGCAAGCACAAGAAGGGCAUCAUGCAGGUCUGCGGCGGCACGCUCGUCACGCCCAAGUUUUUCGUCUCGGCCGCGCACUGCUUCGUGGGCGCGCAACUCCUCGCGUCCACCGAGGUGCAGAUGCGGCCGCCCGCCGAGUUCGCCGCGGCCGUCGGCAAGAUCAACCGGGAGUGGGCCGCCGCCGAGGAGACCGCGCAGAAACGUGACGUGAAGCAGAUCUACAUCAACGGGUACGGCGGGCGGCGGCUGAACCACGUCCGGGACUUCGCGCUGGUGGAGAUGAACCUCGCCGUGGACCUCCACGCCUACACCAUGCCGGCGUGCGUGGACUGGGGGCUGCAGGAGCGGCCCGUCCGCGAGGGUGACGUGGGCUCCGUGGUGGGCUGGGGUGGGCUCUUCAAGCGGCCCGUCAGCGACACGCUGCAGAUAGGCUCGCUGCCGUUCGUCGCCAAGGAGCGCUGCCUGCAGCUGGUGCCCGCCCAGAUGGUGCAGUACAUCCUGCUCAACGACGACCGCUUCUGUGCCGGCGUCAUGAACGGGACCACGGUGGCGCACGGCGACAGCGGCGGCGGCCUCACCUUCCCAAACCGCGACCGGAAGCACUUCCUGCAGGGCGUCGUGUCGGUCGGCAUGCCGGACGCGCGCACGCUCAGCGCCUUCACCAACGUCACGCCCUUCGUGCGCUGGAUGGCGGACAAGAUCCAGGACGAGGAGAUCCGCGCCGCGGCCGCCAUCCGCCUGCUGCCGCUCGAGAUUCCCAAGGAGUACACGGCCAGCGACCUGGAGGAGGAGCAGCGCGUCGCCUACUUCCGCGAGGACGUCGGCCUCAACCUACACCACCUGCACUGGCACAGCUACUACACGUACCUGGGGCCGCGCGACCAGGUGGAGAAGGACCGGCGCGGCGAGCUGCUGUACUACAUGCACGCCCAGCUCCUGGCGCGCUACAACGGCGAGCGGCUCAGCAACAGCCUGCCCAAGGUCAAGCACCUCAACCUGCGAGAGCCCAUCAAGGAGGCGUACUACCCCAAGCUGGACAACCUCGUGUCCUCCCGCGUCUGGCCCAGCCGCCCGCCCAACGUGCGCCUGCAGGACAUCAACAGGGACGGCUUCAAGAUAGACGUGGAGGACCUGGAGCGGUGGACGGCGCGUAUUUACGACGCCAUCGCCGUGGGAUACGUGGUAAACACGACGGGGGGCAGACUGCCGCUGACGGAGGAGGGCGGCGCCAACCUUCUGGGCAACAUCAUCGAGUCGAGCGCCGUCACGCCCAACCGCCAGCUUUACGGCGAGCUCAUGAACCAGGGCCACAUCCUCAUCUCGCUGGCGCACGACCCGGAGAACCGCUUCCUCGAGUCGUACGGCGUGAUGGGCGACGGCGCCGUCGCGCUCCGCGACCCCGUCUUCUACCGCUGGCACGCGCACGUCUGGGACGUGAUGCGCGCCUACAAGGACACCCUGCCGGGCUACACGGCCGCGCAGCUCUCCUUCCCCGGGGUGCGCGUGCUCGGCGCGGAGGUGCGCUCCGAGGACCACGCCAAGCCCAACGAGCUGCUCACGCACUGGCAGGCCAGCGACCUGGAGCUGUCCCGCGGCCUCGACUUCUCCCCGCGCCGGCCCAUCUUCGCCCGCCUCACGCACCUCCAGCACCGGCCCUUCGCCUACCACAUCCGCGUCGAGAGCGCGGCCGACGUCCCCCGCGACGCGUACGUGCGCAUCUUCAUGGCGCCCAAGCUGGACGAGCGCGGCCGGGCCAUGCACUUCCGAGACCAGCGGCACCUCAUGAUCGAGAUGGACAAGUUCCACACGAUACUCAAGCCCGGGCUCAACACGCUGAAGCGACUGUCCUCCGAGUCGUCGGUGACCAUCCCCUUCGAGCGCACCUUCCGCAACCUGGACGCGAACCGGCCGGGGGGCGGGCGGGCGCUCACGGAGUUCACCUUCUGCGGCUGCGGACUCCCGCAGCACAUGCUGGUGCCGCGGGGAACGGAGGACGGCCUGCCGCACCAACUGUUCGUCAUGGUGACGGACUUCGCCCGCGACCGCGUGGACCAGGUCCUGGAGGGCUCGUGCCUAGACGCACCCAGCCUGUGCGGCGUGUUUGCCGGCCGCUACCCGGACCGCCGGCCCAUGGGCUUCCCCUUCGACCGGCGCCCGGCCGGGGACCGCGUCGACACGCUCCGCUCCUUCCUCACGCCCAACAUGUUCGUGCAGCGGGUGAUGGUGCGCUUCCGGGACGCCGUCGAGGCCACGGUGCGCAACACGACGCGCUUCGGCACCACCAAGGGUACCGUCAAGGUGACGCACGGCGACCCGGUGCCGGCCUUCGGCACGGUGCACCGCGACCACCUGGGCGUGCCUACGGUCGGAUACGCGUGAACAAGGCGCGCGCUUUUCCAAUAAAGAGACUAAGUUAUUUCAAA